AUCAUUAUUAUUAUUAUUAUUAUUGUUCCCUUGAGUUCCGAGUGGAACGUGUAGAGGGCUUCAACACAACAGUACAUCUACACUUUUUUGUAUUUUCUGCAGUUCUCCAUGCCUGGCCCCACGAUUGCCCCAGGGUCUCUCAUUUCUCCUGCUCACACGGUCUCCAGCAUGUCAUCACUCGCCAUUUCCCAUUCGGGUUCCACUCGAGUGAUGGACUGCAUUGCGCGCGACGUCAUCGAACGGUCACCCCAGUGGCGUGUGUCCGAUCCAUCACCACUUUCUUUAGCAUAUUUUUUAAGCGAUAGGUUCUUGGUUGGUUUGUUUCCAUAGUUUCGUGUUGUUGAUCCUCAACAUGGAGCGAAGGUAGCUGUUGAUAAAAGUCUGCUGAAAACGUCAAGUUUUUAACACAUCUAGAAGAACUGAUUUAACAUUUGAGUUGAAAAUCGUGAUCUUUUUCUUUAUGCUGAAUGGACAAUAUUUUCAAACUGAUAUUAGAGUAGUAAAGAUGUACUCUGCCUUUCCUAUUCUGGCUUUGAUAUCCUUAUCUGUGCUGGCGCCGAUACGUGAAACAAUGCAUCCUAGGUUGUUGAAGCAAGUUAUCUCUUGCAAAUUUCUCCCGUUGACACUGACUGGUGCAUGUUGUAGUUGGUUGGUUAUCUUCAUCAUCGUCUUGUUUUAUGUUCAAUUGGAGCCCUGUCUUCUGUGACUACUUCUUCUGUCAGUUUGUUGGUUUUCGCCUGUUAGUCUUCGAGUUUGUGUGAUAUUAUACAUAAAUCAUUUACGCACUAAAUCCAAAUCUUCUAGAGUCUUCUUAUUGGUCAGUGCAGUGUAUUCCUGUCUUCUCACUCCCCAUGUACGAUGUUCCGCGUAAUCCAGUCCACCACAAUUAGGAAUAUCAGAUGUGAUAACAGACAGUGUUGUCUUACUCCUGUAUUCACUUCAAAUGCCUCACUGAGUUCCCCAGGUUUUAAUGCUCUUCUGUAAUAUCAUUCUGUUAAAGAAUGACACUAUGAAGUAUAUUAUGCAUAUUAGUAUUACUGUCGUAUCAGGUGUUCGUUUCAUUUUGAGUGGAGUUUACAGCCUUAAUACUACAUCUCCAUGACCAUCGGUUCUCUGCCAACACUUUCAACUGGCCUGGACCAGUAAGUGGCUGCCCGCAAGUUUUUAUUUCUUCUUCAUACAUUCUUCUUCAUUCUACCCUCGGACCUACGCAUGACCUAUUGCACUUCCCAUUAGGAUUCCAUUUGAGAGUUUGGUUCUUGAUAUCACUUGUAGGUCUAUUCAGCGUAUGUUCAAUCCAUCCGCAUUUCUUUCUAGGUGCUUGUUUGCUGGUUCUCUGCUAGCCGGAGUUUCUGGUUGCUUAUUCUUUGUGGUCGGUCAUCUUAUCUUCAGUAUUGAGCUUCAAACCUUUUAAAUAUGUCAACACGUGAAGCUCCAGCAUCAGUAUCAGCAAUUCGUAAUCCUAAUAGUCAAUUGGCUGGUCUUGCACCUAGGCCACCACUUUCCGAUGCAGCUUUAUUCUCAUUGGUCCUGACUGUACGUGAAGCUGGUCGACGUUUAGCAAUGAGUGAUUAUGCUAUCGCGACUGCUUGUACAAUUCUACAUCGUGCUUUACGUGUUCUUACUACAGGUGAUGAACAGCCUAAUCCAAUAGUUGCUACUUCUAAUUCAGCUGUCAAUGGAUCUGAUGCCUUGUCGGGGUUUGAUUCAAUCGAACAGUCGUGUAAGCAUAGCUUAGGAGAUAUAGAUCCUCAUACAAUAGCUAUGGCAUCUCUCAGUCUUGGUGGUAAAGUACAGGAAGAACAUCAACGUCUUCGGGAUGUAAUUGUCUCUUAUUACAGGACUCUUCAUAAAAAUCGACGAUCUCCUCUUGAAGUUGGCGAAGAUUAUGAUCGUCUGCGUGAAAGUCUUGUACAAACAGAAUUAUUUUUAAUGCGUCUAUUAGCUUAUCAUGUACGCCGGCCUUCUUUACCACAUCCGUAUUUAGUGCAUUAUCUACACUCACUACUUCAUUGGGUUGGCAAAGGUAUAGCACAACCGUGUGGAAGUGAUCUCAGUGCACCUGGGAAUUCUGUAAAUGCAUCGGCUAUUGCAUUGGCACGACUUCCUGGUUUGGCGUGGUCUAUUUUAGCUGAUACAUAUCAAUCGUCAAUGUGUUUAGAUUUUGCACCUGAGCAUAUUGCGGCAGCUGUAUUACACCUAGCUUUACGGAUAGCUGGUGUCGAGAUUCCUGGUAAUCGACACUCUGAAAUGGCUUGGUGGCAGGCAAUUUCAGAUAGUCUGUCUCGUGAAAUAGUUGAACAAAUCCAAUUACGUGUAAUGGAUAUCUAUGCUGUUGAUGAUAAAUUCAAGGCUAGUUCAAUGAAAAAUUUCGCGGAUGAAUUCUAAAGAACACCCGGCCAGCCCAGUCCCACCCCGCCGUGUAUGGUUCAUUCGAGUAUUGUGCAUUUUUCCUGCUGUAUUUUGUUUUUUUUGUACACAUUCAGGAUUUUGAAAGUGAAAGAAAAGAAAAGGGGGAGAGAAAGCAAAGGAUUUCAGUUUUUUUUAUCAUUCUUCUCCUUAUUAUUAUAUUCUUUUUAUUAUUAUUGUAAAAAGAAAAGUCCACUAUUCAAUUUGUUUUUUUCUUCUGUUGUUAUGAGCACAGUUUUUUUGUUUAUUACUGUCCUUUAGUAGACUGCAUCCAUUGUUACAUCCAUGUAUCGCAUCAUCAUCCUCGUCCUCCUUCUUAGUCUUUACUUGGAUGGUCAUUAUCGUGUCGUGUGUAAUAUAUAUAUAUAUAUAUAUAUAU